AUGAACGGCGAGGCCUACGGUUCGAGAGAUACAGGGCGGUCAAGAGACUACUAUGGAUCCCGCUCCGAACGAGAUGAUCGAAGAGAUCGCGGUGAUCGCGGCGAUAGACGCGAGAGAGAACGAAGGCGAUCGAGAUCCCCGCAUCACGGCUCCCGAGGCUCGCGUCGCGAACACGAGCUAGAUUCAUAUUCGUCAAGUCGCGACUAUCGUGCGCGGGAAAGAGAAGAUAGAUAUAGCCGGCGGGAUGAUCGAGAUUGGGACAGGGAUAGAGGCGAGAGAAGACGCGAACCUAGACGUGAAGAGGAGGAGAGACCGCCGCGACGAGAACGAGAAUUGUUUGAUGAUCGGCCUCGCAGAGAUCGCGGUGAUCGCGGCGGCAGGGACAGGCGGCGAAGUCAGAGCCCGGCACAACGAAAGAAAGAACCCACGCCUGAUCUGACAGACAUUGUGCCGAUUAUGGAACGAAAACGCCGUUUGACUCAGUGGGACAUAAAACCUCCGGGGUACGAAAACGUUACUGCAGAGCAGGCAAAGUUAUCAGGCAUGUUCCCUCUACCAGGCGCACCUCGUCAACAGACAGUCGACCCUAGCCGCUUGCAGGCCUUUAUGAAUCAACCCGCAGGCAACGCAAACAGCACGCUUCUGAAGCCUUCAAAUUCACGACAAGCAAAACGGCUCUUUGUCCAUAAUCUACCUCCCUCGGUCUCCGAAGAUACACUUGCGCAAUUCUUCAACCUGCAACUGAAUGGCCUAAACGUCAUCAGCGGCGUUGACCCAUGCAUAUCUGCACAGGUGUCCUCUGAUGGGAAAUUCGCACUGCUGGAGUUCAAAACAGCCUCGGAUGCCACUGUUGCGUUGGCACUUGAUGGGAUUUCACUUGAACACGACGAUGCUAAUGGCACCAGCAGUGCACCGGGCCAGGGCCUUUCGCUAAAGAGGCCGAAGGAUUACAUCGUGCCCUCUGAAGCCGAUGACUCUAAUCGUCAGGACGGCGUUGUUUCAAACGAAGUUCCUGACUCUCCCAACAAGAUCUGUGUCACCAAUAUCCCUCCGUUCAUUCAAGAAGAGCAAGUCACCAUGCUUCUGGUAUCCUUCGGCGAAUUGAAAUCGUUCGUCCUUGUGAAGGACAGCGGUACGGACGAGUCAAGGGGAAUUGCAUUCUGCGAAUAUGUCGAUCCUUCUUCCACGAAUAUUGCCGUCGAGGGGCUGAACGGCAUGGAACUCGGUGACAAACGACUCAAGGUAACUCGAGCCAGCAUCGGUGCUACUCAAGCUGCGGGCCUUGAUAUGGGUGUAAAUGCCAUGUCCAUGUUUGCCAAAACUACGUCUCAAGACUUGGAAACCGGCCGUGUUUUGCAGUUGCUUAAUAUGGUUACAGCUGAGGAACUGAUGGAUAGCGAUGAAUAUGAAGAAAUCUGCGACGAUGUUCGCGAAGAAUGCUCCAAAUAUGGCCAGGUGCUUGACCUGAAGAUUCCACGGCCCACUGGAGGCAGCCGGCAGGCGGCCGGUGUUGGGAAAAUCUACGUCAAGUUCGAUAGCUACGACUCCGCCUCUAAAGCAAUGAAAGCGUUAGCCGGGCGCAAGUUUCAAGACCGGACAGUUGUCACAACUUUCUUCUCAGAGAUACAGUCCAAAAGCCCACCUGGCCCAUCUCAACGGGGCCCGGUGCCACGGAUCCGCCUCUUCCAUAUCAUGCAGGGUUUGAUGCAAUUCGAAAAAUGUCUCCAUGCACAUUGGAAGAGCAUGUACACUGGAUUGUCGGAUUCAAUGACCUGUGCGGAUGCACUCCAUUUUCGACUCCAAGGUGCUUGCCCCCGUAAUCGCCAUCAGCCAACAGGGUUGCCUGGAAAAGUGGAAAAUCCAUAG